AAAAGAAGACCCGCCCACCCAAUCCUCCUCAGCGUCUCAAAAUGAAAGAAGCUGACGACUUUGUGACGGAGUGAAGACCACAGGCAGGAGAUGGACGAGAGAAGCGCACCUGUGCUCAUUCUCUCCCUGUUGUGGGUGGUUGCAGGGAUUCCGGCAGCCGCCAAUGUCCGGGACGUGUGUGCCAGCUGCCAUGUCGACGCCACGUGUGACGACAAGUCCGAUAACUCGGGAAAAGUUUGCAACUGCAAGUAUGGAUUUGUAGGAAAUGGAAGGACCUUGUGUCAAGAUAAAGACGAAUGUCAGAUAGGAGCCACAAAGAUCUGUGGUCAGCAUACGACGUGCCACAACACCCACGGCAGUUACUACUGCACCUGCCUGCAUGGAUACAUGGCUUCCAACAACAUGCCCGUCUUCAUUCCUAACGACGGCACACACUGCCAGGACCUGGAUGAGUGCAGCGUGUCGGGGCUGUGUGGACAAGGAGCUCAGUGCAGGAACCUGAAUGGAAGUUUUGACUGCAGUUGCCAGCUGGGAUACCGAGUCCAGGAUGGGAAGGAACCCUUUCACCCUCUCAAGGAUCAGGCUUCAUGCAAAGUGGUGGACUGUGGGCCGCCUGUGCUGCAGGACUACACAGUACUGCUCUCAACGACAGGGACGACCUACAGAAGCAUGGCCACCUUUGACUGUGAUGAAGGCUCGGUCAAGAGGAGUGGAAACAAUGUUUCACUGUGUGGAGCUGAUGGACUGUGGACUGAGACCACCUUGGUCUGUGAAGUGGUUUACUGCGGUCCUCCUCCUCCCUUCCCUCACUCACACAUGCUGUGGAGUACGAGCUCCAGGAUGGGCUCCAUGGUGCUUUAUCAAUGUAACUCUGGCUAUCUCCACACGGGAGACGGCAAUGUCUCCACCUGCACCGCCGCAGGGCGAUGGGAGGGUGCACCUGUGAUUUGCCAAGAGAUAUUGUGUGGCAAACCACCUACAAUGCCAAACACUGGAUAUAUGUGGAAUGGCAGUUCCACUCUUGGAAGUAUAGCGAGUUAUUAUUGUAAAGGAGGAUUUAACCACACGGAGGGAGAUGGUGUAUCACUGUGCACGUCCAACGGUAACUGGACCAAGCCAAACGUUUCAUGCAAAGAAGUUGACUGCGGCGCCCCUCCUGACAUCUCUAAUUCGGUCCUGCUAUGGGAUCACAUCUCCACUGUGGGCUCUCGGGUUGUUUACGAGUGUACAUUCGGAUAUCACAGAGUUGGAGAAAGAAAUACAGCAGUUUGUACUGACGCUGGAAUAUGGGACAAACCCACUCUGCACUGCCAAGAAAUCACAUGUCAGGAGCCUGGCAUGAAAGCGCAUGCAAAAAGGCGAUGGGAUGGCACCGCACAUGUUGGCAGUGUGGUUGUCUACCAAUGUGAUGAAGGAUACUACACAAGGAGUGUGAGGAACUACUCUGUGUGUGGACACAAUGGACAAUGGGAGGAAUUUGACCUUUGGUGUGAAGAAAUAAGCUGUGGUCCUCCUCAAGCGCUCCCCCAUACUAACCUGCAGUGGGACCGCUCCACUCGUCCUGGCAGUGCCGUGCUUUAUAAGUGUAUGGGUGGAUAUUACCAGGAGGGUGGAGAUGAUAUUUCCACAUGUCUGACAUCAGGCGAGUGGGCAAAAGUAUCAUUGAAGUGCAAAGCAAAAUGUGGCCCUGUCCCCAUGCUCGCCCAUUCAGACGUGGUGUGGAAUAACAGAAGUGUUGUGAUCCAUCGCUGUGCAAAUGGAUAUCACAGUUGGAGGGGCAGCAACAUUUCCCUGUGCAGUAGCUCUGGGGUGUGGCAGACGGCCACUCUCCAAUGCAUAGAAAUCAAGCCACCCAUCGAUCAUCUCAAUGUUUCCGAUGAAAAAUGUGUCCAAUGGAGAGCAGAGAAGUACGAAGAAGAUACAGAAACCUACAAGGUGUUCUACAUGGGAUCCAGAGACUACGACGGAACCUUUCUUGAAAAAAGGAAGCGGUUUCUGAGCUCUCAGGCAGAGUGGCUGAAAGUCUGUUUAAGUUUGCUUCCAGCCACAAACUACAGCAUCUCAAUCACUGCCAUGUCCACUGGGUUCACAGCCACCAUCACCACUAACACCAGUUUACCAGUACCACUUGUACCAGAUGUCCACUACAGAGAAUAUGAGUCUCCUGCACCGAAUUUGAGGCUGCACAGGUCACCCAGUACUCUCGACCCAAUAAGUUUGUACCAAGUCUUUGUACUUCCCAUAGACGGCAUGAUGACGUUUGACUGCUCCUCUCCUGCGAAUGGAGACGCUUUAAGCAAACAGGAUUCCUUGACAAGGCACAUAGCAGCUCAGAUGCACAUCAGCCAUGUCGGAGCAGAUAUGAACUUCACUGUUGGAGAUGGCCUCUAUCGCGGAGGCUUUUUCAAUGCUCCUCUAGAGAAAGGCAGAAACUACUAUGUGGUCUUGCGUGUUGUUAGCCGGUGGAACAAGGAUUUAAAAAGCUCCUGUGUCCUUUGGGCCAAAGUGACAGGUACAUCCUACGUUGUGAAGGUUUCAUCGCUGUGUGCCGCGGCCACAGUCGGACUAAUAGCCUUAGCUGCUUCACUUGGACAUGCUUAUACCUGGUGGCGACUUGUCCAGGGUGUACACCGCCUUCCGCCCGAAUGCAGCUGAGAUAGGCUCCAGCGACCCCCUUUGUGCUAAGGGUGGUCAAUACUAUUGUGCUGAAAACAAAGUUGUAUUAAAUUGUUAUAUGUAUCCAGUGA